AUGUGUUUCUUCGGGAACGACGACGAUGAUAUGCCUCCUGCACGCUAUAUUGAUCCUCCUGAAGGCUCUAGAUUCAUCACGGCUGGGGGGUCCGGCCUUAUCUAUUCCUCUCCAACCUGCCGUGGAGAGAUCUACAAGAUCUGCUCUCAUGACUCUGACUCUAUUGUUAACAUUGAACGUGAGAAGCUCAUCUUUGAGAACAUGAUGAGUGUUGGCCAGCACCCCAAUAUAGUCAAGUGCCUCAAGAUCAUGGACAAUGGGGUUAUCCUUGAGCGUGCCGAGCACGGUGACCUGCGUGAUUACUAUCAAAAUGGAGGCGGUGCUACUAUCUCUGAGCGUGUCAAAUGGUGCAAGGAGCUCGCCAGCGCUGUUGAGUAUAUCCACAGUCUCCACAUCCGCCACGGCGAUCUCUGCGGCAAAAACGUCUUACUUGACGCCGACCGCAACAUCAAGCUCUGCGACUUUGCCGGCUCUGGCUUCUGUGGCAACCUCCCUACUGUGUCUGCCGAGCUUGGAUACGCCCACCCGAACCGCGAUCAAAACCGCCGUGCUACUGUCAUAGCUGAGAUUCAUGCCUUGGGAUCAACCAUGUAUGAGAUUCUCACUACCAAGCGCCCUUUCUCGGCCAAUCACCAACCUGGUGUGGUUGCUUGGUGGCUCAACACUGGAAUCUACCCUAGGGUUGAUCAUAUCCCCCUUGGAAAAAUCAUCGAGGCUUGCUGGAAGGGCAAGUACCCCUGUGCGCUUCAAGUCGAGCAUGCCAUCGAGCUUGCUAUCGUUGAAGCUGGCAUGAACAACAUGCUGAUCUAA